GUUCUAGUCAUUGUAGCGUGCGUUCAGGAAAACCCAGAUAUAUAGUGGGAAAUUCAGUGAUGCAAUACGUGAGCCGUACUUGGUUAUAAGUUUAGCAGUGUUACGGGAUAUACACGAAUUAUAAACAAAUGUUAUGGACGAACAGCAAAUAUAUCGUCUGCGCGAAAACCGCGUUAAGAUCGUCAAUGACCUUGAACCUCGUGGACGUGUCCUUGACAUACUUUUUGAGGAAGGAAUACUCACAGAAAAUGACGUAGAACUCGUGUCGUCUGCGCGCACGAGGAAAGAACGUUGCCACGCGCUACUUUCGGUGCUUCCGACACGCGGUCCGGUGGCGUACGGGUCUUUCCAAAAGGCUCUCAACGCGGGAAAUUACGAGUUUUUAGCGACCCAGCUAAGCAUUGAAAACGACGAGUUAACUCCAGAAGCCGAAUUUGGAAGUUCAACGACAAAUGAUGAGCUUGGAAUUUCCCAAAAUCGCAGACGACAUCGGAAUAAUGAAGGGACCGGAAAGUGCGCAAGUUGUUUAAAAUAUUUCACUGAAAUAGAGAACAGUGCCACACUUUCAAACAGUGCAUUAUUCACAAUUAUCGAACAGCACUGCUGUUUACUGCUAGACAAUAUUGAACCAAAAGACUUGAUAGAUCAUUUGUUCCAGGAACAUAUUCUCACAGCAGACGACAUUGACACCGUUUGUUCUUGCCUGACCAGACGACAAAGGUGCGAGCUGCUAUUUUGUCUGCUACUGGCAAAAGAUCAUGAUGUAGUGACAAGUCUGAAGAGAUCCUUGACAAAAAAAUACUCAUACAUCGUGCAAACCAUUGAACCCCGCUGUGAACAGCAAGAGGUUAGCACGACUGACGAGUUGGCAAAUAGUACAGAAAGCCACGGCAGAGAAAGGAGAUAUAAAAGUCAUCGCACAAGAGUGAAAGAGUACUUUGGUUGUGAGCAAACGGACGUAAAACAGUUACGGGAGGUGCAAGGUAUUGAAACAGACGUUACCGAUGGAUCAAAGGCUGUCGAUACGGCGAUAAGUCAUGAGACGCCAUUGAGUGUUGUGAAAAAAUGUCACAAUGAGAGAAAAAUUGACAAGUCUGACAAGGCAAAGAGUGAGCAGGUUUGUAAGCAGGUGACCUUUAUCCACACCGAAAAGCCGAAAAAAAGACUUGUAGUGGCUUUCAAUUAUCUGAGCACGCUCAUCAAUCAAGGAGAGUACACGAAGUUCGAAGAUACAACCACUCAGUUAAGGGUUCGGUUUCCAAGAAAUUACGACCUGUUGUGUAUUUUGGGCUACCUGCAGGCAAGCAGAGAUUUGUUCAAAACCGACUUCGAUUCCGCUAAACGGCGCAUCAAUGACACAAUGGCUCUUGUUCCAAAAACGUCCAAUCCACGUUAUUUCACACUAGAACUUUUCACAGCAAAGACGAGAAUGUACAUUACGCAGAAGAAACUGGAAAAGUUGCAGACAACACUCGAAGAAGCCAUGAUGAUUCUGGAGACCGACCCGCUUGGGUGCACCGGAAGAGCGGCUGGGUGGCUCUAUAUCAACCACGCAAGGAACAUGACAGCUCAACUCUCGUGUUUGAAUCUCAGUAAGCCAGGCGCUUUCAAUGUCUACAAUGGAAUAUUCAACACUGCGAAAACAAGCUUCCAGCGAUCCAUGACUAACUUUAAACGGGACGGCGGAAAGGACGGACCAUUCGGAUUCGGGUACGCUCUGUGUCGUCUGGUGAUUCUGCUGCUGAGAUGCGGAGAUAAUGGACGCACUAUGGGGCUUAUCAAACCUCCUGACGAUGACGUCAUUUCCGCUGAAAAAUACAUGCGACAUUUGGAAGACUCAGAUAUUCCGAUUCCAAAAAUACUCGAAAUGCAUUCGAGAUUAGCAAAAUGUGAUUACUUUUUUCAUCGAAACCAUUUUACACGAGCCUUCGAGCACGCUACAGAGGCUCACAAUCUCGCAACAACCAUGAACUUACUGGAGUUCACUGAGCAUGCGCACAACAGAAUGUCAUUUCUGAAUUCGAAACAAACACUCACCGGGCCAGACGAGGACAUUUCGGAAGAAGAUGUCCACCGGAUAUUGUUCGAAGAUUCAACGAGCGAAGGGGAAACAAAUAUCAAGGAAUAAAUUAACUCUUCUUCAUUGAGUAAAUAUGAACAAAACUGCGAUUAAAUAUGUGUGCUUUUAUGUUUGAUGUAUAGAAUAUCUGAAGUGAAGGCAUUAUGAAAACGGUUGUUUAUAUAUGCGCAUGUACAAAUUAUUUUAUUUAUUUAUUAUAUCUGCCAGUUUAUUGGCGUUUACACUAGUUCAAUCCAUUUCCAAUUUGAUCAAGUAUUUCUCUAAAGCUACGUUUACAUGCCCGAUAUAAACAUGCAUCUGAUGUUAUCUUAUGAAUGACGAUGGUGAAAGGUAUGGGCGCUUUAAAAAAGUAGCAUUACAGUCAUAAGCUUUGUGUGUAAAAAAAAAACUCAGCCAUUAUGAAAUCAAUAAAAACAAAUA